AGCCAGGGGACAGGUGGCCACAGCAGCGAGUGACAGCCAGUGCCCAUGGCCGGGGACACCGGGAUGGCCGGGAAGGUGGCGCUGCUCCUGUGGGCUCAGGGUGACCGAGGUGUCCCUGUCCUCAAAACCUCCGUGCUACACCAGUGUUCCUGUGGGGACAGUUUGGGGACAGACACCACACCAGGUCCCCCAGGUGCUGCUGUCUCCCCUCAGCCACCCCCACCCAGCCCUGUCCCUUCUCCCUUCCAGCCCAGACCCUCGGCCUCGCUGGUGAGUCCUCGGGGGAUGCCAUGUCCCUGCCCUGCUGUCCCCAGCCCCGUGGUGGCCCUGGCAGGCUGGUGUCCCCUGUCACCCACAGGUGCCCAGAGCACCCAGCUCCUGGUGGAGCCCCCCUGGACGCCGGCGGUGCUGUGGGACCGGGUGACACUGACCUGCCAGGGCUCAGGGACCACCGGUGACACCACCUGGUACAAGGACAGGCGGCGCUGGUGGCAGAAGGGACCCGACAGCUUCACUGUCACCAAGAGUGGAACCUACACGUGUCAUAGACCCAGCAGUGGGCUCAGCCCCACCGUGAUGGUGUCAGAUGAGCCGCUGGUGCUGCAGGUGCCAGCACAGGCACUGCUGGAGGGGGACACGGUGACACUGCGCUGCCGGGCCUGGCCAGACAACUCUGUCACCAGGGUGCGAUUUUACAAGGAUGAGAAGGAGCUCAGAGGGUCCCUCAAAGGCACCCAGAUGUCCCUGUCCCCUCUGCAGCUGCACAACAGCGGCCGCUACAGCUGCGGGGGCUUGGUGGGAACAGGAGCAAAAUUGUCAGCGCCAGUGACAGUGACAGUGCACGAGCUCAAGCCUGUCUUGGUGCUGAAAGGUUCCCCCCAGCUCCCCGAGGGGUCCCCCCUCAAUCUCAGCUGCCUCAGCACCCCCAGCCCCCUGCGGCCCCCAGCCCCCCUCCUGUACAGCUUCUACCGGGACGGGCAGUUGGUGGGGGGCCCGCAAGGGUCCCCGCAGCUCCUGGUGCCCGCCGUGGGGGUCUCCCACUUGGGGAAUUACAGCUGCGAGGUGCGCUCCGAGGGGGGGGCCGUGCGGAAGAGCAGCGCCCGGCUCGGCGUCACGGUGCGCGGGGUCCCGCCCUCGGGGGUGUCCCUGCCGGUGCAGCCCCACGGGGCACAGGUGGCACUGGGGGACCGCCUGGUGCUGAGCUGCACGGUGGUCAUGGGGACAGGUCCCCUGUCAUUCUCCUGGCACCAGGAGGGCUCUGGGGCACCACUGGGCAUCGGCCCCCGCCUGGAGCUGCAACACAUUGGGGACAACGAGAGUGGCCACUACCAGUGCCGGGUCAACAACAGGAAAAGCAUGGCCAAGAGUGUCCCCCUGAAUGUCACUGCCCUGGUGCCCGUGACCAAUGCCACCAUCACCCGCGGUCCCCCGGCACUCCAGGUGCACCCAGGUGACCCCGUGACCCUGCGCUGCUCGGUGCAGGUGGGCUCAGCCCCUGUCACCUUCACCUGGCUGCACAACGGGCACGAGGUGGCCCAGGGUCCCUUCCUGGAGCUUGGGGACAUUGAUGUGGGACAUUCGGGCACCUACCAGUGCGUGGCCACCAACCAGCUGGGACAGGACGGGCACCGCGUGUUCCGGGCACUCAGCCCAGAGCUGGCCCUGGAGGUGACACCACAGGGAACCACUGGACACCACUGGAGCACAGCAGUGGCCUCAGGCCUUGGCGGGUCCCUCCUCUUCCUGGUCCUGCUCGUGGGUGGAGCUGUGGGCUGGCACCGGUGGAACAACAUGGCUGACAGGAAGCAACAGGAAAGGGCCCCCCCGGAGCCCCCGGCCCCCCCAGAGGAGGGGGAGGUGCUGUACACCCACGUCGUGAGCACCAAGCAGACGGGGGUGUCUCCCCGUGCCACCACACUCCAGGAUCCCCAGGUGACCUACGCUGAGCUGCCAGCAGCCCAUGGGCGACCGCGGGAAUGCAGGGACAUCUACGGGAAUGUGCUGUGACACUCGGGGCACUGGGGGCACUGGGGGAACUAGAGAUCCCUGCCCCAUGUGUUCCCUCCCCCUCGGUUCCCAUGGCUGCCCACCCUGCCCAGAGGUGGCCACGAAUGAAGAGUCCCCACAUGGGGCUGCACAGAGCUCCCCAUUCCAGUGCUCCCAGUACCUCCAGGGGCUCCCCAUUCCUCCCCCAUUGCCAGGGGGCACAGGAUCCUUCUGCCUCUUAUUGGACAUAAAACACAGCUUUUGAAUUAACCUGG